CUUUACACUUUGGUUGUAGGAGGAGAGUCAUCCAGUAAGCAGACAGGUAAAUCUGUGUCUCCGCCUUCCUCUGCCAAUGGUCAUGUUCCUCGUGGUGAUUCUCCAAAGGGAAGUGCGAACAACAAUAUAGACUCAGAGAGCACAAGUAGUGAGGAAGCUAGCGAAAAGGUUGACACUGAUGGUCCCAGUAAUAAUAAACCACCUCCUUCUGAAGGAAAUUCCAGGGUUGAAAAUCUUUCUGCAGCAGAUGCCACGGACAAUGUGACUCAGGUUACGAAUGAUAAGGAAGAGCCACAGAAGGAAGGAUCGCCUGAUUCGGAUGGUUGUGCGUCUCAAAGCAAAGCUACUUUGAAUGAGGAGGAAGCUACCGAGACCCAAAGUACAGCUCUUGGUGACAAAGAUGUGGUUCCUGUGCCAAAUGAGAUAAGUACGGAAAGUGCCACUGCUGAUACACAUGCGGCUGAGACUAGUGUAGUGCAACAGAAAGUCGCCGGUGAAGUCAACAUACCUGGCAAGAAUGAAGAGGAUCCCUCACAAGAUGAGACUCAGGGUGUCAGUGGAACUUCCCCUGACGGGGAUGAAGAGGCUGCGGAAACUGAUUUAACCCAACAAAGAGUUGCCAGUGAUGCUAGUUUACCUGUCGAGAUUAAAAAUGCACCCCCUGUUAAUCAAACCAAACGAUCGAGUACAGCUUCAAGUCACCACUCCACGUUACCUUCGGAUAGUGAGGUGAAUGCUUUAAUUCAGGAGUUAGAUUCCGUAUUACCUGCUACGACAGAAAAUACUAAACACUCGAGUGAAGUCACUAAAGAGGUUCUUUUAUCUCCCGGUGGAGAAGACAGUUCUGGUGAUAACCUUAAGCACGACUCCACGUCCGCCCCUGUCGAAGCUACGGAACAAACAGAUCCUUCCAAGGAGGAUUCAGCGCUUGAAAAUAAACAAAGUGCAGCCCCUCUUGCCGAAUCAACCGACGAGGCUUCGUUGAAGGGAAACAGGACGGUUUUUGGGCGUAUAUGCACCUUAAGCGCGAGUGUUCUUGUAGGCUCCAUAGAUGAUCCACAGGGAGAACAAAAUGUUACGCUUACCGGAUCUGUAUACCGUGUGCCAAGAAUAGACGGGGACGCGACCACACCCAAACCAGGGGAAAAGAUCGGGAUCAUCAAGGGAGAUGUCACUUCUACACCUACUGAUAAUGAAUCAAGUGUCCAUCUAGCCACCCUUCGAGGAGACCUUUUGGCUGUUUCUGGAGAGGCGGCGUCGCAAGGACAUGUUGCUACCGCUUCAAUAGAUGUGUUGUCUUGUGCAACCGGAGAAAAAAUAGCAACCAUAAUGGCGGAUGUUGCUCCGAAUGACGACGCAGACAGUCCUUCGGGUGUCAUCUCAGGGGAGGUUCUCGGUGCUUCGGAAAAUGGAUCUUACGAAGAGAAAAUUGGAACUUUGGCGGGAAAAGUCGUUGCGUUAACAUUUGAUGAUGACAUUGUUUCAAUGUCUAGUACAGAUGAAGAACUUCUGAAACUCCGGAGGGAGAGCUGCUUUAUCUGAUUUGAAUGAGCAGAGCGUCAUGUUCCAGAAAAAAAUCAUAUUUUCUUCUUUUCCGCACUAACUCGGAAGCCUAAACCAUCUUUUUUGACUUUUGAACUAACAAUCUUUGACGUUUCUUCCGAAAAAUUAAAUUAUUCUUUCGUGAACUAGGAUUUAUACGUGCAAAGUGACACUCUUCUAGUCUCUGUGAAAUAAUUUAUUUUAUCAUUAAGAUAACCAUAUAAUUUAUUUUAAUAAAAGUUAAAAAGUGUUUAAAUUACUUUUUAUCGUAGGCGAGUUGCAGUACACGCGCGAGAAAUAUGCACACUCAUUAUUCAAGAAAGUCUGUGAAUUAUUUAGUAAUUAUGACAACACUUCUCGUUAUAUUUAUAAUUGCCAAUCACGAGUGGAAAACGAACGAAGAUAGCUUGGAAUUAUACAUACUUACUACAAUGCCAAAAACCGAUAUGGUUUAGAAUUUUUUUUUAAUUGAUUGCUGUGCCAAAACAAUUUGGAAAUUGAAUCGAAUGAAAUAAAGAAUAUAAUUUCUCAAUUUUUUUUUCCAAUCAUUCAA